AUGUCUACUUUGUACAAAGCUGCUGAAUUGGUCAAGACCAAGGCCAAUGACCGUAAAUCCAAAGACAAAAGAAUUAACAAGCAAAGAGUCAUGAUGCUCUCUUCUCGUGGUGUCACUUUCCGUUAUCGCCACUUGCUCACCGAUCUCGAAGCCUUAUUACCUCACUCAAAAAAAGACGCUAAGCUCGACACAAAGAACAACCUCUACAUCUUGAACGAACUGGCCGAUCUCAACAACUGUAACAACGCCGUCUUUUUUGAAGUUAGAAAGAAGCAGGAUUUGUAUGUUUGGAUGGCCAAAACUCCCAACGGCCCCUCUGUCAAAUUCCAUCUUCAAAAUUUGCACACCAUGGAUGAAUUGAAGAUGACCGGUAACUGCUUAAAGGGCUCCAGACACAUUUUAUCAUUCGACAAGACAUUUGAUUCUGCUCCUCAUUGGGGUCUUUUGAAGGAAUUGUUGGGUCAAGUCUUCAAUGUGCCCAAGGGAUCUAGACGCUCCAAGCCCUUCAUUGAUCAUGUCUUGUCUUUCUCUAUUGUCGAUAACCGUGUUUGGUUUAGAAAUUAUCAGAUUGUUGAAAAGAAUGCUACAAAUACACCUGGUUUUGAUCCUUUGGAUAAAGAAGAUAUCUCACUAGUUGAAAUUGGCCCUCGCUUCUGUCUCACUCCUAUCCGUAUCUUUGAAGGUUCAUUUGGUGGUCCAACAGUGUUUGAGAACCCUGAAUUUGUUCAUCCCAACUUUGUUCGUUCAGCUCUUCGCAAAGACAAGCUUCAAAAAUACAGCCAUAGACAAAAGAACCAAAGCGAGCGUGAAGCUAGAAUCAAGAUGGCUGAAGAAAGCAGAGAAACAGAGGCCAGCGAUAAGCGUGUUUUCGAGUAG